GUAGAAGGCUGGUCGUGCCACAAUCGUUCACAGCAACUAUUAUGUUCCUGCGUCCCGAUUUGAGUGGUCCAUAGAUGGUGAUGAGUAGGUUCUGCUGUCCGCCGCGUUGUGCAUGACGGCCUUUUGUCCUUCUUGGCACUUGACAGCCGGUCGGAAGGUGUACGAAGAGGGUCGAGAUGAAGUCCAGUAGCCUAAUGAAUCGAUGGCUUAUCCUCUCUAUGGAGCUGAUCUGUGAGAUGAUGGCACCAUCUUGAACCUGUGCAUGUGCCUGCUAUUCUCAUGGCUCCCCUUUCCAUAACUCUCAUCAUUCCUCUUUCUCUGCUGUUCUGCCAUCUUCCAUACCCUUUGUUCUUCCUCAUCCAAUUGAUCCAGAUCUUGCGUUGGAAGUGAAAUGGAUAUACGUUCAGAUAGAUCUGCAAAUGCGAAUGCUCUCCGUAAACUUGUAUGUCCCACGUCCAUCACAGGUAAUUGGUAUUCCCCGUAUUCAUCAUCUCAGCACUGCGAGAGCUGGUGAUACUGUCACCAUUGUUUAUUUCUACCUUUUCGAAGCCCUCUUAUGUAGUUCACCUCUAUUUGAGAGAACAGGUGUGAUCAUUCCUCCUGAUAGAUUGUCCGCACUUCCACUCAUCUUCAUCUCCUUUCGCAUAUGGUCACAGCAACAUCGUAUACAGCCAAAAAGAACAAAUGACGACAAGUGUGGUGACCGAUGCGAUAUACAAGUCAAGGAUCAACAGCGCAUUGGAUCUGGGCUUGAUCAGCAAUGCAUCCCUUAUCUCAAGAGCAAAACGAGCAAUCGAAACGAGACUCGAUCAACUAUCGAAUGCCAACUUUACACUUCGGCCUUUUGGUGUCCAACUUUACCACAGCUAGUGACAAUGCAAUCUGUGUAUUGAUAGGAUCCGGAGUAUCAUCAAGUAGUUCUGGCAGUCUUUGCU